UCCAGGGACUGCUGAGGUUUGAUCCCAGGACAAGUGCUCUGUGUCUGUAUGUAAGGAAAGCCUCAUGUCUGAGGAAGGGUGCAAGUUCUUCAGCCUCACAGAAACCCCUGAGGACUACACCAUUAUUGUGGAUGAAGAGGGCUUCCUAGCAGCAGCAGCAUGUUUGCAGAGGCUCGUGCUUGGACAUGCAGCUGAGCUUCCUUCCUCGGAACACUUGAGCGUGGCCGAUGCAACAUGGCUUGCCCUCAACGUGGUGUCUGGUGGAGGUGGUUUCUCCAGCUCCCAGCCCAUCGGAGUGACCAAAAUUGCCAAGUCAGUCAUAGCACCUCUAGCUGACCAAAACAUCUCAGUGUUUAUGCUCUCCACCUACCAGACGGACUUCAUCCUGGUGCGUGAGCGAGACCUGCCCUUCGUGAUGCACACGCUGGCUGCCGAGUUCACCAUCCUCAGAGUAGUGAAUGGGGAGACAGUGGCUGCCGAUGACUUUGGGGUAACAAAUGGAUUUGUCAAACCAAAACUAGUUCAGAGGCCUGUCAUUCAUCCUCUUUCCAGUCCAAGUAAUAUGUUCUGCGUCACCAGCCUGGAUCCAGAUACCCUUCCCACUGUUGCUACACUCCUAAUGGAUGUCAUGUUUUACUCCAAUGGAGUAAAAGACUCAGUGGUGGGCAACGAAGACUCGGGACACAUUCGCUUCUUCUCCUUUUCUCUCAUUGAGGGUUACAUCUCCCUGGUCAUGGAUGUCCAGACACAGCAGAGAUUUCCUAAUAAUUUGUUGUUUACAAGUGCAUCUGGUGAACUCUGGAAGAUGGUGCGGAUUGGUGGGCAGCCUCUUGGCUUUGAUGAAUGUGGAAUUGUCGCUCAGAUUUCUGAGCCUUUGGCCGCUGCUGACAUCCCAGCCUACUACAUCAGUACUUUUAAGUUUGAUCACGCCUUGGUACCUGAAGAAAAUAUAAAUGGUGUGGUCAAUGCACUCCAAGUCAGUCAAGCUGAAAAGCAUUAGAAAUCUUCUGAGCUGGUUCCAGAUGCUUUUUAUUAUUCUAAUAAUAAUAAUUACUAUUAUUAUUAUUAUUAUUCUUUUUUUCUCACAGUAUUUCUUGAAAAAUCUGAUUACAGAGAGUGACAUGAAAAGAGACUGUGGAAAGUUGAGCAGAAACAGCUCCAAUAAGCCUUUGUUUUAAUUAUUAUUAUUAUUAUAUUAUUAUUAUUAUUAUUAUAUUAUUGUUAUUGUUAUUUUAUUAAAUUUAUGAAUGAGGGGCAGGAGGAAAGGGAGUUCAUAUGGUUUUCUGAUGUUCAGCUCCGAGGUGAAGUGUACCCUGGCUGUGCUCUCAGUGUGGAAGGAGCUGCAGCCGAUGGCAGCACCGUGGGGAUGCUGCUGAGAGCAGUGGGAUGGGCCAAGAGCAGAUGGACACUGGCUCAGAGAGCCCUGAAAACCAGAACCAAAAUGAAAUGUGGAAUUUCGCAUUGUACUGGGUUGUCUCCCCGCAUCAGACUUCCUGAGGACUGUCCAUCUUGCCUGUGUUGAGAUAGGAUGCAAAGGGUUCUGUUUCCCCUGACAGAACAGUUUGGUUUUGGAAAAGGUGAAAAUACCCAGUGGUUUGACAUUUCCCCUUUUUCUUCCUCCCUGCAGUCAAAGCCUGGCUGCUCUGAAAAAGCCUGGGCAGGGGGAGCUCAGCUCUGGCCAGCUCCUGGCAGGUGGUGUCACCCAGACUUGUGUCUGCAUUGAAACUUGGCUGGUUUGGGUCAAUUUUUUCCAGUCACUCCCCCACUGCUGCCAUUCCCCUGCUCCAGGACAGCUGUUGUCCCUUAUCCCACAUCAGAGCCUUCCCCCAGCCCUUGUUCCCCAGGGCCAGCAAGAGGAGGAAGGCCUCUUUUCUCCUGUCCCCUCAGGCUUUUUCCCACCCAGUGUGCACACAUGGGGAAAUAAAGGAUUGCCCAGGGUCCCUGGGCAGCUGCUCUUGCACAUCCCAGGCCUCCUUGGCCACAGCAGCCUCCCCCUGCCAGGGCCCUGAGUCUCGUGGGGACCCUCCUGCAGUUUUUCAUCAGCUCCUGCAUCACACAGGUGGAAAUUGCUGCUGGCUGGGGAAAGUAGAAUGGUGCUGAAAAUACCUGCUAGCAGGUCAUGUCACAGGAAGAUGAUGAGGCUUUUCCCAUGGUGCAGCAAUAGUGUGUUUUCUUCUGGCUUUUACCAGAGCUGAGGGCCAGCAGGAGCCAGGCUGGUGGCACCGUGUCCAGGUGUGGAGAGCACAGCAGAGCCCAGGGCUGGCAGAGGAGUGUUACCCAAGAGUGGGUGCCAGCAGUCUGUCCCACGGGUGACCUUGCUUUUGUGAUUACCAGCCCCAAACAUAUCUUGCAUUUCUUAACUUCUUCCACUUCAGUCUUGACAUAAGGAAAUGGCAGAUCUUGCCAUUUUCCUGAGGGCUUUGCAGAGGGCUUCAGAGACAGCCUCUGGCAGGAUUUCCCUGAGGCUGUGCCAGCUGUGAGCCAGGGUUUUGCAUUAAUCUGGAGGCAGUAAGCAGGCACCUGGGAUUGUGCCAUGGGUGUGGUUUGCAUGUGUGGGACAUGCAAACACAGACACAGCUAAUUGAUUGCUUCUGCAUUCACAGUUGUGGUUUCUGAUGCUGCUGGAUUCAAACACUGAGUUUCAAAUCUAAUUUUACUGUUCCUUUACAUGGGUUUUUGGAAUUGUCCCAUGACAUGUUUAUAUUCACUCCAGAUUUCUGGACUAAAGGUUUGUUCUAGAAGUGGCACUGUGCAUCUCUGGAUGUUUGUUUGGAAAGAUGCUUUGGGACACAGGCACAGGCUGCACAGUGCAGUGUUUAAAGUGUUCAGAGAUGUUUGCUGUGGCUCUGCCCUGUGUUGUGGGCACUGAGCUGGAGUGGGAGCACUGGCAGUGGUGGCUUUUCACCCCAUAUUUUAUCAGUUACUCCUUGGGAAGGCAGAUUGGCAGCGUGGCUGCCAGGGAGGGCAGCCUUGAGUUGCCAGCCCAGGUUUGUGGUCAGCUGAGUUGAGCCUGAGUUCUGUCUGUGUGCAUGGAUGGUGCCACCAGGACAGAGUCAUCAGGACAGGGUCUUCCUUUUGCUCUGGGGUUUUGUCAACCUUUGGGAGAUGUCAGUUUUGAAGAUGCUGCUUCCAGAGGACUUCAAUGUGGAUAGGAAGGAAUUAACUCCAAACAAGCAACUUUACUGAGCCUUAAAUGAAAACAAAAAACCAUAGGUUUUAAUUUUCUAACAUUGCACUCAGGCUAUUUUAGAGGCUGAUUUUUGUAUCUUUUUUUUUCCCCUCCCCAAGGGAAUCAGCCUUAUAUUUGUGAAAUCUGUAGAAAGCUUUGUGGUAUUUUGAACCUUCCAAAGGAAAGUUGAUGUCCCAGCACGGGACAGUUGGCCUGAAGAAUUCACAGGAUGUAAAAUGCCAUUGAGGGCUUCUGAUGCUGCCAUCAUCCUUGACUUCACCUUUUAAUUUCCUUUUAUUGUUUUCUCCUGACAUCCAAGGAGAUUGUUUCAGACAACUUGAUGCUUUCCCUUUAGUAUUCCCUUCAUAUUUGUUCUGGUGGGAGCUGGGAUACUCCAAAUGUGGCCAGAAUUGGUGGAACCUUGUC